UCGAAAUGAAGAUCUUGUUCUUGGCGUUUCUCUUCAUCUUCCUGCUGGCUGUUGACUCGCAAAGAAUCGCCAUCAGGAGGAGACCUCCAAAGAAGAAACCAACCAAUAAACCAAAGUUUCUGACUACUCCUGCUGAAGAUUUUAGCGAGAAUUUAUCUCCUGGUCAGAUUGAAUCAUCGGUCAGCCGAGAUGGUUGUUCAGAUCCAGAAAUCCUCGUCAAUGGAAGUAUCAUUUCCAACGGCAAUACAGAUUUCUCUACAGUCUCAGAGAUCCAUUUCUUCGGACUAGUCGGACGACGUGGUCAAAAGAGAGAAUGCAAGUUGAAAUGCUUGAACGGAGUCUGGGUUGGACCCAUAUGUACAGAAGGAGGUAAUACUUUAAAAAGGAUUACGAGAAGGUGUACCCUCCGAUUAACAGAUGCUGAAUUAGUUGGAAUGACAGAUGAAGGGCGCAUAAUACCCAAUGAUGUGGAAGUAACCUUACCUCAUGAUUCUGAAGUUAGGUUACGCUGCGUUGAGCCCGGAUUGUAUAAGUUUGUUGGAAAUGAUACUAUGAUAUGUGAAGAUGGGACAUGGACUUCAGAUCUUCCUUAUUGUGUAGCUACCACUUUACACAGAAAUUUCUCAAUACAAGCACCUCCAACUAUCCUCUAUCACGUGGUAUCCGGAGAUGCAGGUUUAGCUGAAGAUGGAUCUGUGGUCGUAUUUCCGGGAACUAUAUUAAACAUUGAUUGUAUUUAUCAAAGACAACUUGGUACUCCGCAAUGGAACUGGAGUUCUACUCAUAGGCAGUAUCCAUUCUCUUGGGCUAUUCCAACUGAAGAAAAAAACUGGAAAUAUCGUCUUUCAAUUUAUUAUGCGAAAGAUCAUGAUUCCGGGACAUAUACUUGCAUUACACCUCAAGAUAUCAGCAACGAAGUGAAUAUUGUUGUUAAGGAUGUGCACUGCCCAGCAAUCAAAUCGGUAGAUCAUAAUCGUGUUAUGGCAGUUGAAGGCAAUAGGAUGCACAGUAAAGCACGCUUUGCUUGUAUGGAAGGCUUCGAACUUGUGGGGCCUGAAGAAAUCACAUGUCAAGCAUCUGGUCUAUGGUCAGAGGAUGCCCCACACUGUGAAGUAUUGAAAUGUCCUCGAUUAGUAUCAGAGAGCAUGCAUCUUAUAGCGAGCACAACAAACCGUACAUAUGGAACAAGGGUAGUAUUUUCCUGUCCGACAGGCUUCAAGCUUGCAGGAGCGCCGUUUCUUAGUUGUUUGAAAACAGCCAAUUGGUCAGAUGCUACGCCAACCUGCAACCCUGUUUCUUGUAAGCCACCAAUAGCUCCUCUUAAUGGACGUGUUUUAGACACAGGCAGAUACUUGUCAGGAGAUUUUGUACAGUAUACUUGCAAUGCUGGUUAUGUAAUUACAGGAGAGUCGGUAGCUAUCUGCACUGACCAUGGGGUGUGGUCACAGCCAUCGCCAACAUGUAAAGCAGCAUGUGAAUUCCCAGGCAAUCCAUCAAAUGGACAAGUCAUUCCCACCAAGUUCCAUUAUGAUAUUGGAGAAGUUGUAGUUGUUGGGUGUCAUCCAGGGUUCCGAGUGUUGGGAACUCAACAACUUCGAUGUACGGCAUCUAGUCACUGGUCCAGCCCAUUACCACACUGCAGACCUUACUUGCAUUCAUAACAAUUACAAACAAAAAGAACUUUUUAAAUAUAAAACUGCCAAAUUUACGAAGUUUUAAGCGAAACAGAUUUUGCUCAGAUUUUAUUUAACUGUAACUCAUUGCAUGAUAAAGAAUCAAGUCAAUCAAUUAAGAGGAAAUAAACAUUAAUAGUUUUAAUUUUAUUUUAGAAUUUAGACAUCAUUCUUCAAAAAAAAAA